AUUUUUCUAGCUUUCCUCUUUUCUUCUUUCAUUACUAGUUUUUUAUAUAUCCAAAACAUAAAUUAGUAUUUCCCUACAAUGGCUAUCGCAACAAAUACUGUCAACAUAUCCCAAGGUCCAGACCCAAAGACUCUGAUUCAAAAUGAAAGAGCAAACUCCAAGUUUGAUCCUGUCAAGAUGCACUACUUCUUGGAAGGUUCUAAGGAAAGAGCUGAAGAAUUGAAGUCCUUGAUGCAACAAAUGGAAAGAGAUCCAGUCUUGUUUACUGAUGCCUCUUACUAUGAUUUGACCAAGGACCAACAAAGAGCUUUGACUGCUGUCAAGAUCAACCGUGUCUCCAGAUAUUUGGAAGGUGAUUCCAUUGAUACUUUCAACAAGAGAUUGUCUUUGAUUGGUCUUUUUGACCCUCAAGUUGCUACUAGAAUCGGUGUUAACUUGGGUUUAUUUAUUUCCUGUGUUAGAGGUAACGGUACUUACGAGCAAUUGAAAUACUGGGCUUUAGAUAAGGAAACUGCCCAUAUCAAGGGUAUUUACGGUUGUUUUGGUAUGACCGAAUUGGCCCACGGUUCAAAUGUCCUGGGUCUUGAAACCACUGCUACUUUCGACAAAGAUACCGAUGAAUUUGUUAUUAACACUCCACAUAUUGGUGCCACCAAAUGGUGGAUUGGAGGUGCUGCUCAUUCUGCUACUCACACCACUUGUUACGCUAGAUUAAUUGUUGAUGGUGAAGAUUACGGUGUCAAGACUUUUGUUGUUCCAUUAAGAGACUCGAACCACGACCUUAUGCCAGGUAUCUCUGUUGGUGAUAUUGGUUCCAAGAUGGGUAGAGAUGGUAUUGAUAACGGUUGGAUUCAAUUCUCCAAUGUUAGAAUUCCAAGAUUCUUUAUGUUGCAAAAGUUCUGUAAAGUCUCCAGAGAAGGUAAGGUUAUCUUGCCACCAUUGGAACAAUUAUCUUACUCUGCUUUAUUAGGUGGUAGAGUUAUGAUGGUUUUGGAUUCAUACAGAAUGAUUGCCAGAAUGUCCACUAUUGCCUUGAGAUACGCCAUUGGUAGAAGACAAUUUAAGGGUGACAAUGUUGACCCUGAUGAUGAAAAUGCACUUGAAACUCAAUUAUUGGACUACCCAUUACAUCAAAAGAGAUUGUUACCUUACUUGGCUGCUGCUUACGUCUUUGCUACUGGUGCAGUUAGAAUUGAACAAACUAUUGACGAAACCUUAUCUGACUUGGAUGACGCUGUUGACCAAAAUGAUGAUGAAGCUAUUAUGAAGUCUAUUGAUGCCAUGAAGUCCUUAUUUAUCGACUCUGGUUCCUUGAAAUCUACCUGUACUUGGUUAGCUGCUGAAGCUAUUGACCAAUGUAGACAAGCUUGUGGUGGACAUGGUUACUCCGCUUACAGUGGUUUCGGUAAAGCUUACAAUGAUUUCGUUGUUCAAUGUACUUGGGAAGGUGAUAACAAUAUCUUGGGUGUUAACAUCGGUAAGCCAUUGGUUAAGCACGUUCUUGCUAUUGAAGAUGAUGGUAAGGUUGUUAAAGGAAGUUCUAGUUUCUUGAACAAUUUGAAGCAAUAUACUGGUUCUAAUGCUACAAAUGUUAUCUUGGACAAUGUUGCUGACUUGAAUGAUCUCAAGAAGGUCGCUAAGGCUGUUGAAAUUGCCAUCAUCAGAUUGGCUCACCAAGCUGCUACCACUGCUAGAAAGAACUCGCUUGACUAUGUUGGUGCUGAAUUAGUUACCUUGUCUAAGUUGAAGGCACACCACUACUUGUUGAAUGAAUAUGUUGUCAGACUUGAAAGAUUUGAAGAAAAGGAUUUGAUUCCAUACUUGGUUUCUUUGGGUAGAUUAUAUGCUGCUACUAUGGUUUUGGAAAGAUUUGCUGGUAUCUUCUUGACCUUCAAUGUUGUUUCUCCAAGUGUUAUGGCUGCUUUGACCUCCAAUCAAAUUCCACAAUUGUGUAAAGAAGUCAGACCACAUGUCGUUGCCCUUACUGAUUCCUUCCAACAAUCUGAUAUGCUUGUCAACUCUGUUCUUGGUAAGUAUGAUGGUGACAUUUACGAAAACUACUUUGGCACUGUCAAGACCUUGAACAAGCCUUCUAACACUAAGGCUCCUUACUCUGGUGCUUUAGAAGCCAUGUUGAAUAGACCAUCUAUUGAAGAAAGAGAAAGAUUUGAAAAGACUGUUGAAACUGGUGAAAUCUUAUCUAGAUAAGAAAUUUCACUAAGGGUUUGCUACUUUUAUGAGUAUAUUUAUGUUUUUAUAUGUGAUUUCAGAUAAUGAAUUUAAAAUUGAUUAAGUGA